AGAAUCAGAAUCCAUUUUAGCGGCAGGUUGGAUUGGUGGCCUUUGCUUUGCUUUAACAUAUGUCCGCCUUUCGAAGAAUAGGCAAAAGGCUUGUUUUGGUUGGAGCAAUAUCUGGCGUCGGUGCUGCAUUUUUAUUGGAAUUUGUCCCCAGAGUUAAUGAAGCCAGAAGGACGAAGGCUUUACUGUCGAGACCUAAACCUUCAGAACAGGAGUUCAAACGUUUUGAGCGACCCUUGCCGACUAGAGAUGAACAUCUCAAACGAAUGGCAUCAGGUGAACUUUUCGAUGUCUUAGUAAUUGGUGGUGGGGCAAGUGGUGCUGGUGUAGCGUUAGAUGCUGCAUCUAGAGGUUUAUCAACAUGCCUUAUUGAAAGAUUGGAUUUUGCUUCGGGUACCUCCUCUCGUUCAACCAAACUUAUUCAUGGUGGUGUUCGAUACCUACAAAAGGCUAUAUUUAAUUUGGACAUUGAACAGUUUCGUAUGGUUAAUGAGGCACUUAGUGAACGGUCUAAUCUAAUCGAUAUUGCUCCACAUCUAGCCUAUCCAUUGCCAAUCAUGUUGCCCAUAUAUAAAUGGUGGCAAGUUCCGUAUUAUUGGGCUGGUAUUAAAAUGUACGACUUAAUAUCUGGUGCUCAAAUACUAAAAGCCAGUUAUUAUCUUAAUAAAUCACAGGCAUUAGAACGAUUUCCUUUAUUGAAACGUGAUAAACUAGUCGGUGGGUUAGUAUAUUAUGAUGGCCAACAAGAGGAUGCUCGUAUGUGCUUAAGUAUUGCAUUAACUGCGGCUCGUUAUAAUGCUGCGAUUGCUAAUUAUGUUGAAGCUGUUGAAAUAAUUAAACAACCAUCUCGAACUAAAUCAAUUUCAUUGAAAUCAACAUUGGAAACAACAUCUGAACCAGUACCUACAGUAUCAGGCGCACGAGUUCGAGAUAGAUUAACUGGUAAAGAAUUCACAAUCAAUGCUCGUUGUGUGAUUAAUGCAACUGGACCAUUUACAGAUAGUAUACGACAAAUGGAUGAUAAAGAACAACCUACUAUUUGUCAACCUAGCUUAGGUGUUCACAUUAUUCUUCCUGGUUAUUAUAGCCCUACUAAAAUGGGUUUACUAGAUCCAGAUACGCGUGAUGGUCGUGUGAUCUUCUUUUUACCAUGGAUGAAUUAUGCGUUAGCUGGCACUACAGAUACUGAAUGCACUGUUACUGAUCAACCAUCGCCUUCUGAAGCUGAAGUGAACUUUAUCUUGGAAGAAAUUAGUAGUUAUCUUUCUCCGGAAAUCCAAGUUCGUCGUGGUGAUGUACUGUCAUCUUGGGCAGGUAUUCGACCACUUGUUCGUGACCCAAAUUCUUCUGAUACACAGUCGAUUGCACGUAAUCAUAUUAUUGAUGUUUCUCCAUCUAAAUUGAUAACAAUUGCUGGUGGUAAAUGGACAACUUACAGAAGUAUGGCAGAAGAGACUGUGGAUAAAGCGAUAAAGGUAUGUGAUCUUAAACCAACUGGUCCAUGUCGUACCAAAGGUCUUCUUUUAGAGGGUGCUCAUGGUUGGUCACCAAAUCUAUUUAUACAAAUUGUUCAAGAAUAUGGUAUGGAUGUUGAUGUGGCACGCCAUUUAACUGGGAUUUAUGGUGAUAAAGCUAUCACUAUAGCUAAUAUAUCCAAACUAACUGGUUUAAGAUGGCCAAUAUUAGGUAAAAAAUUACAUCCUGAAUUUCCUUUUAUUGAAGCUGAAGUGGAAUAUGCAUGCCGAGAAUAUGCUUGUCAUGCUGUCGACUUUCUUGCUCGUCGUACUCGUUUAGCAUUUUUGAAUGUACGAGCUGCGGAAGAAGCUUUACCAAGAAUUGUUGAUUUAAUGGGUGAACAUUUAAAAUGGAACAGUGAGAGAAAAAAGCAAGAAAUGCGUGAGGCAGAGAACUUUUUAAAAUCUGAAAUGGGUCUUGGUCUGCGUGUUAUGGAAGGUGUUCGUAUGGAUUUGACUAUUGAUGAAAUUAGUAAUCUUUUACAAAGUUUCCGUAAACUUGAUCAUGACACUAAAGGAUAUGUUUCAUUGGAUGAUUUACGCAAAUUUUGUACUGAAUCUGGCGAAUAUGUUAGUGAAGAAGUGUUACAAUCUACUUUGAAUACAAUGGAUAUUAAUAAGAAUGGACAAGUUGACAUGUCAGAAUUCUUACAAGUAUGUUAAAAUGGAAAAUUUUUCUCUCUGAUGUUUUAUUUAUUUAUUUCAUUGGUUCUCGGAAAAUAAUUCUUAGUUCCCUUUAUUUUUUCAUCAUUUUCUAUCUACAUAUUUCAGUUAAUUCUCAUAAAGAAAUUUUAUUUUUAACAUUCAAUCAGAUACUUUACUCUUUUCAAGUUGAAAAACAUUAAUGCUUAUGUUGUUUGAGAUAACAAGUCAACAUUCUUUGCUUUUAGAUACUUGGUUGUUAGGUUGUUCAAAUUUUAACCGAUAGAUUUCAGAUUCAAAAGUCGAUCCACUUGUUAAGGUUUGGAUAACCGGCUGAUAUUAUUGACCUUCACACAAAUAGUGUGAUUAAUUGUUGAAUACGUACAAUUACACGUAGUAGUAAUUGAAUUAAAUUAAAUUAAAUACGUUAUCUCUUUCAUAUUAAAUAAUAACAAUCCUAUGUUUUUAAGGUGAUAUCGAUUAGCUCCUGUUGUUUGCAGAUAUUUUCUACUUGUUUUAAAUUAUAUACACAUUCCACUUUUCUAAAAGGGCAUAUUGCACUGAACACGCUUUUUCACAAAGUAUUGUUAUCUCAAGAAAUUGAAGUAAAAACGUUAAUAAGUCAAUGCCAAUAAAAUUCCUCCAAGUUUAAGACAUGAUUACGAAUUCAUAUUUCUGAUUGUAAACUGCAUUUGAUAUUUUUGCCAAUCAAUUACACAGCCGUUUUAAUGGUUCGGAGUUAUUAAUUUGUAUAGAAACUUACUGUCAUACACACACACGCCAUAUUUUAAUUCUGCUGUAUGCAUUUGCCUAUGGUUAAGUUUCAAAAAACGACGAAACUGGGCUACCUAUUGCUUUAAGUAUAUUCAUGGAAGUUAAUUUCACUCCUCAAUUUUUCCACUUACCAUGAAGUAUUAAUAUUAGUGUAUUAAUGCAUAUGAAUAUGUAGUCCGAUUGGCUUAACUAUAAUCGCUUGUGUUAGUUGGGGUUUUGAAUCAACUGACCAUAAGUUGUAAGCCUAGUUUUCAUGCUAGUUGAUAAUCACCAUCAAGCUGCUUUUCGUAUAUUUUGAGCUAGUAUCGCAGUGUCAUAGUUAGAGACCUAAUUACUGAGCUAUUCGGACUGUAAAUACUGAAUUUCUUUAGGACUGAAAUAUUUACCAUUCAAUAAUAACCAAUUAGAUAUUCUUCUAGUCCUUAGUGCUGAUCAAUUUCUAUCGAUUAAUUUCAAUUUGGAUACUAAUUUAAUUGAGUUAUUAUUUUGUCAGUUCAAUCCUGUGCCAUCGAAUUUACCUUACACUACAUUAAAGGAUAGACAUAUUGUUGCUAAUUGUAAUCGUUAGGGUUCAAAAUAGAGGCAUGGGAAAUAAUUCUAACACAAUACUUGGUCUAUCAUUACUAGAUAAAUCUACGAUUAACACACAACGACACUUGAAAAAUUCUAACUUCACACAAGCGAGAAGAGAUGAGGCUAGACUUUGUUAGCUAGAUUUUCUGCCUCUAGAAAAAAAAACAAUAAAGUAUGUGAACAUCUCAGUUUAUAUAAUGUUUUAGAAAACAAAGUAACUAAUAGGACUGCCUUAUUUCAAAAUUUACGAUAAUGUCGUGGUACAAAGGCCCAUAUUGAUAUUGCUGAAGAAACCCUGACAAAUCAGCUCGAACACAAAUAUUUAUAGAUCGUGUAAAAGCCUGCGGCACGUAUUUUCUUUGUAAGGAUUUAUAUUUUCUCGUUUUUGAUGUUAAGGGAUGCAGUUGUCCAGUCUCUGCACCCGUUACACAAGACAGUGGCUAUCUGAACUUCGUAGGUCGACGCAUAACGCUUUAAUGUUUGAAGAUAAAAGUACUGGGUUCGAUGAUCUACCAUGUGAAAAUGAAAACUAGAAUGGUUGUACACCCAGAGGACCAGUCUCGAGUGGGAUGAAAUAGACUAUCCAGAUUUCACUGCUAGUCACUACCCAACUUUAAUCAAGACUUGUGAAUAAACGAAAAUAUCGAGGCAAUCCACUCAGAAUGCAUUCAUAUCAAUUGUAGAUCUUAACAUAAUCAACAGGAAAGUACAAACCCUUUAAAAGAAAUUCGGAGAGUUUAAUUACUAAAAUAAUAAUUAUUCAAUUUACUAUCGUUGUUAAUUUUUUUGGAUAAUUACACUUUGUUGUAAAAGAUAUUAAUUCUUUGUCAAAUUGUUUUGUGUCGUCACGGCAGUUCCUAAUGCGUUCAGCUGAAAUACCUGGUUAGCGGUUUUUAGCAAGGAUGUUUUUUGCGGGAUGGUUCCUAUUAGAACUUAACAAAUCACAAUCACUAUAGGAAUACAUUUAAAUCUAAAUGGAAUAGUGUGUUUCAUUUGAUACUUUGUGAACAGAUUUUCUUAAUAUCGUGUUUUAUAAUUUUGCAUAUGCAAAUUACUUUUUUAUUCUCAUACGAACUUUUUUUGACAAGAAUUAUAAAUUUUAAUUAUGAAUAGUGUUGCAAUAUUGGCUCUUUAGGCAAGUCAAAUUUAUUUACCUCAGUGCCCUGUAUUAAUUGUAACUGCUAUAGAGAUGUCAGUGUGAUAAGUUUACGACUUGUUUUUUGUCUACGUUGGUAUUAUUUUACUUUUAUCGAUAAAUUCUUUGAAACUGUUAGUGAGGUCAGUCAGCUUUUCAUUACUGAAUUGCGCAUUCAAUUUAAAGCUCAGUUUUUUAAGGAAACUAUUAUCAACCUAUUCAUUGAUCCAAGUGACUUUUUAGAAUUGAAGUUAAGGUAGAAAUCACUGUAUUAAACUUGUUAAUAUUCUUUUCAAUGGUGUAUAAUUUAUUCAGGAAAUAACACAUUUUUUCAACCUAAUUUUCUGUCUACCCAAUCAAUUCAGUAAAUACUGAACCGUAAAUUAGGAACGUGAGCUCAUUUAUAUGAGUAAGAGAAGUGAUAACGAUGAUGAAGUGGCCAAAUUUAUCUACGUAGUUACGAUUUAUUAAUAAGAAAGGACGUUCAUCAACGAUCAUUGUCCGAGGGUAUGGUAUAUCUUUUACACUUUCUAAGUCCAGAGUACCUUUACCUGGAAAUAAACGUUUCGGCUUUGGGUAUACGGAUGAUAUUGUCUUACUUUGAGACGAUAUCCAAGCCAUGCAAUGCGUACUCAGUCAGUUGGCAGUCAGCAUCUGUGGGUAUGGGAUUUAUUUUGCACCUUCUGAGUGCAAAGUACUAUUAGAAGACUGGCAGAAGCCUGUCCCUUCACUCACUGUUGUUAGUGUCUGUGUCUGUGUAUCUGUGUGAAUGCUGGUGGUAGCGUGAGUAGUGAGACUAAUUCACGUAUAAUAGAAGUUCGUUUGUGUUAUUUCGACGUGUGCAGUCUUUGGUGCUUUUGUUUUGUUAUCCCGGGUGUAAAGGGUUGGAUCUACGACACGUGGAUUAGAGUAGUUGUGCUAUGUGCUUUCUAAUCCUGAACCGACCGAGUUGAGGAUGUUAAGUGACUCUCUGUGUUUGAUCAUCGUUGUCUGGGAAGUAUUUGUAACAUUCAGUGGCAACACGAUUUCAUUAAUGUUAGAGGUUCUGGAACGUGUGUUCAGACACAGUGAGGAUAAUGCAAUUGGUGUGAACAUCUUGGAACACUGUCUUGGUUUGUUUAGAUAUUUAAUACGAAUGUCAUGCCAACGAAUUUCCCAUGGUUGGUUAUUUGCGGACACUGGGAGUUGUUGAAAAAAUCAGAGAGGUGGUCAGUGUAUGACAUGGUGUCGUGAUAUGAAAAAAGUUGUAUGGGGAUGACUUGAAUAAGCUGUUUUAUCUCAGUUGUAUUGUCAAUGGAUCGUGCUUUAGAGAACUAAAAUUACCUAGAUUUAAAUCUACAUAAAAUUUAAUAGCGUUUACAUUAUAACUGUUUAUUUAAAAUAUUUCUUCUAUUUUAACUUCUAGAAUUACAUUCCCUAGUGUACUUCACAUAUUUUGAAUUCCGAGUUAUGCGGUAUCUGUUGACCGACCCUUUAAAUAAUGUACUAAAUCAAUUUGAUUAGAAAUGUUUUUGUGUUUAGUUGUAUUAAAGUAGUGUGUUAAUGAAACAGACAUAUUUAUUCAUGCUUUAUUUGUGUUUUUGCUAUCAUUAGAACUUAUCGCUAGUUUCAUUUUUAUCAAAUUCUUAUGGUUUUGAAAUUGAUUUUGAUCAAUGUUUUGUAUUUCUAAACACAUCAUGUAUUUAAUGUGCAAUACCAGUUAUCAAAAGCUUGAAGAUCUGUUCAAGACAGUUGACUGGAUACUUAAUGAUAAUCUUUUGCCUUUGUAGAUUAUCAUUUUACAUGUUUGUGAGCUAUCUAAGAUUUCGAGAUCAUUAGCAAUGAAUCUUUAGAAUGUAGAUCGACCUAGUUUUCGAAGUAAAAACGCUUCUCAAAUUAUUCAUUCGUGGUCACUAAACUUUUCCAUAGUUUUAAAGAUCUAAAGAUCGGUUCGCCACAAAUAAGGGAAGUAUCUGUCUUUCAAUUUCUGUCACAUAAAGAGGGGCUAGAUUCUGGACUAAUUUGAUUAUUGGUUGCUCUGAAGAAAGAUAUUAAAUUUUACUUCUGUUUGACCGAUAGACCCGUUUAUACAUAAGUAUUAUCUAUUAAUUUAGUGUUUACUAUUCGCCUAACGACACCUGAUUGUAAAUCUUGUUAAUUUGACAUCAUCAACAUCGGAGUUGGCACAAGUGUGUGUUCGUUUAAGUUGUCAUCAGGACAACUUAACUGGUUAUAAACAAGAGAAGCGAAGUAGAGGGAACAGUAUUAACAGCACUUGAAUUCUAAAUGUGACCAGGUUCAUGAAGAUAUAACCGAGAUCGAAUAAAUUGAAAACCUGUGAAUGGAGAUUUCAAAGAAGAUAGACACUGAAUAAAAUUGUGCUGCUAUGAUAGAUUUUGGACUGUGUCAAUUGUAUCUAACCGCUAAUCUGAUUGGAUAAGGCUCAAUCAGUCAGUCAGCUACAACGUAGG